UUUGUACACAUCACGGAGAAAAACGGAUUGAUUAGAAAUGAAAAAUUUGAAUUUUCUGUUGCCGAAUGAUUAAAAAAGUACCGGAAACACCGGAAACUACGUUAAAUUGAUAAAAUAAUCGUUUUACUUCAAAAAUCAACAUGGAUACAAUCAGCACGAAAAGGAAACAGCUCAAUGAUAAAUUUAACAAAGUGUUCAACAAAUUCAGCAUGAAAGACUUCAAGGAACACAUUCUAGAUUUUUUCGAAACCUUAUCUUGGAGCACAAUAGAAAAAGCAAUAUUGAAGUUCAAUCUGUCAAAACGGAUGCCAGAUAUUGCCAAAAUACUGUUAGAAUAUACCAAAGAUUAUUCUGAUGAAGAAUUACAAAACUUGUACUAUAAUUUAGUUACGUUGGAUCUAGUCUUACAUAACAGCAGAAGGCAAUGGACCGCUGUUCUAAUGAAACAGGGUACGAAUCCUGAUCGUGUUGACGAAAGAAGUACAGACGAAAUUGCCAAAGAAUUUCGCAGAGAAGGUUUAAAUGUGAGAAUGAAUAUCCAAUUGGAAGAAAACAUUUUAUGGAUUGUGUUAGUACUCAUACGACGAGGCAGACAUUCAGCGCCUUACUUUAUUGGUCGUCAUACUUCUCGUCCUUAUUUAUUUUAUUCGCCGAAAAAUCUCAAUCCAGAUGUUCUAAAGACUUUGGUAUCUGGAUUUGGAUACAGGGAUCAUAAAAUCUGUAAAUUAAACGGAAAGAAUAUUUCGUCUUUAGUUACAAUGCUCAAUGGACAACGAAAAGCCGCUGUAAAGAGAGCAGAAACUGAUUUAGUUUUGAAAAACACUGUUGCUGAUUGUGUGCGAUUAUCGCAAGGACUGGAUUUUUGUCAGGAUAAAGUACGCUCAGUGCAUGCCCAUCAAAUGCUGGGAGAAGAAUCAUUUAAAUUGGAAACUUUUACUGUCAAGGCCGAUAACGAAUGGAGAGGUUUGAGAACAGUACCGGAAGCUGAAGAUGUACAAGUCAAUAUGAGUUUGCAAAUAAAAUCGAAAAAUAUUCGACAAACAAUCGAUGAGAUGAUUACAGCGGGAAUUAUUCAGCAGCCAUAUCCGGUUUGGGUUAAAGAAUUUUUAACGUCAGGAAAAAAUGUGAUAAAUAUGGCCUAAUAGAAUUUGUAAUUUUUUUCUCGUUUGUAUAUUCCGAGUGCGAUUUAAGGCACUGUUUUCAUUUUGUAUUAUUUUAAUAUCGUGUAUACCGGUUUUAUAUUCAUACUUUUCAUGAUAUAAUAUUUUUAUAAAUACAGUUUUUAAACUUUUUCAUGAA